UGGCAGUGAGCUCCUCAGUGUGGGACGCUGCCGAUGCUUCAGCAGAGCAGCUGGAUGUACAGGACUGGAAGUGUGUCAGCGAGGGGAACAGGAACAACCCGACUGUGUGUGUGUGUGUGUGUGUGUGUAUGCGUGGGUGUGAUAUUUUUGCACGCUGGUUCUCUUUGCAUAGUGAGGGAAUGGUGUCAGUGGGUCUUUAACACACAUGCCGGUGGGGACGUGUGUGUACGAGCAAGUCUGAAUCAGCAGGAAUGAUCUGACCACAGGGGCUCAAGACUAUUGAUUUUGACUCAGGGUGUGUGUGUGUGUGUGUGUGUGUGUGCGCGUGUUCAUUCUGGAUGAAUAUGUGUGACUGCUGGAGGUCUUAAGAGAGGAAAGGGCAUCUGGAUGUCAUGUUACGGGAGCUUUCGCGCCAUGGGACAGUAGACCCCCUCUAGGGGCUUCGGGACGACCCCCAGAAUGGGGAACAGCAUCCACAAGAAGAAAGUCCAGGCGGAGAGGAGCGUCUCCUCCACCUCGUCGCCCAGCCCGAGCCGGGUCAAACCGAAAGGCUUCUGGCUGUUUGGACAUUCAGACAAGCUGAAAACAGCUGGUCCCAAGGGCAGUGAGGAGCAGAAGAGGUUGGCGGUCCACUACACGGCCUCGCAGCACUACCAGGAAAAUGUUUUCAUUGAAGGCAGCAGGCCACAGUACCUGGAGGACCUGCACACCGAGGCCCAGGAGGGACUAAAGAUACAACAGCAGGAAGAAAACAAGAAUGGAGUGAACUUUCAAGAUGAUGAGAGUAUUGCUUCCACAGACACUCUCCGUCCUGAGCAGGAUAUCAGCUCCAAGGACGAUGGUGGCUUUCCAGAGUCGAGAUCCACCUCUGGGAAUACUGACACCACAGCAACCUCCCCUAUGUCAGCUGGGUCUACUCGGCCUGUGCUCACCCGCCAAGGUUCAACAUUCAAGCCUCUGAACCCAGUGAAGAGGUUAGAUAAGGGCAAGAAGAGGAGCAGAAGGACCACCAUCAUGGGCAUACCCCACCAGGUCCAGAGAGAGCUCGCGCUACACAGAAACUCCACGUUCCAGCAGGUUGUCUCUACGCAGCUUCCUAAUGGAGAUGGACGGGUCAGUGAUGGCCAGUCAAGUGUUGUGAUCAUUCCUACCAUUGUUGGAGAGUCUCUAGCAGCCAAUCAGGAGGGAGCGAGGGUGCACCUCUCAGAUCUGGAGCAGGGCUCCAGAGAGGAGCAGCUGCUGAGGCACCACCUCCAGGCAAUGUACCAGGAUGAGCAGCCCUUCAAACACCAGGGCUUUGAUGCCCGUCUCUCCUCUACAUCCAGCCAGAGACCAAAGUCUGUAGCUGUGCCUGGCAUGACGACCUCCUCCUCCUCUCCUUCAACAAUGUUUAGCUUCCUCCAGGAGCCCCAGGGCCCAGUGAUGUCUAUCUCUCCUCAGGCUACCUACUUGUCUAAAAUCAUCCCUAAUGCUGUCUUACCAGCCUCAAUCGAAGUCAUUCAAAUUGACCGCAGCAGCAGCCGGACACAUGGAAAAAGCAGCAAUCAUGGCGGGAGUGUUCGCACUGUGAGCAAAAGCAGCCUGGCAUCAGGGGACUCGUCAGUCAGUCCUGCAUCAUCAAGAAGAUCAGAAGGAGAUGGUUCCCACAUUGACAACUCCCACAACUCCUCCACCCCAAUGCCUGCAUCAGCUUCAGGGUCUAACUGGAGCCAGUCGCAGUCUUCUGAGACUGUUAUGUCAAACUCAUCCACCAUCUUCUCUAAGGGGACUACAUACAGUGGUAACACACAGACAGUGGGCCUCCCUGGACAGGAAAGCCAGCCAAAGCAGCCUGGUGGAGAUCAGGACCAUUUGAGCUCAGUUAGCUCGGUUAGCAGCCCCAGCAGUAAAGUUGAAUGUCUUGUUAAGGGCCCAGGGCCUGAGUCUGGUGUGUCAGGGUCAUUAACGGCUGGGGAGUAUAUGAGGAACAGCCGGCCUUUCUCUCGUAAUCUGUCUGUUAUGAAGACCAAGCUGCCCCCAGCACCUCCACGGAGAACAAAUUCUCUUCACAAUAACAAGAUAAAGAGCAACUCCAGAAAUCUCGUGGAUAGCAAAAAUCUCAAUGAUUCUGUGCUUGGAGAGGUGGAAACUGCAACAGAAAAUAUUUUAUCAACUGAUGUGACAAAAUUAGCCACUGCAGAUGUCACUGAGACCCCAAAAUCUGCAUCUAACUCUGCUGGAUCCAGCUCUCUAAAUGAUUCCAGAUCUUCAGCCUCCUCCAGUCCUUUAAGCCCCUCACAAGCCUCCUCUAAUGGGACUGGAGGAACACCAGAGCCCCGGUCAGAAUCCAGUAGUUCCUCCCCACAGAAAACUCCAUCAGAAGGGGGUAAAUUUGAAAGGACCAUGUCCCCCUCCAGUGGCUAUUCCAGUCAGAGUGGAACCCCAACCCUUUCCCCAAAAGGGAUUUCCCCCACCUCCCCCGAAAAACAGAAAAAGAAACCAGUCAAACCAGAGAGAUCUGUGUCUCGGGCCUCAUCCUCAGCAGCUUCUGCUUCCUCCUCUCUUACCUCUUUAUCAUCUACUACUUCUGAGCCUGUCAAUCAAGAUGUUUCCACAAGUAGCUCUUGUCCGUCUCAGCAGGGAUCUCUGCCCUCUGUUGCUGCAACAGAGAAGAUAACACCAGUCAACAAUUGUCCAACUGCAACCUUGGCAAUCAGAGAUUUCUUCAACAUCCCACCACCUCCAAAGGUUAAAGCACCUUGUCCUCCUCCACCAGAAACAUGGGCUCAUAACAGACGCACCUUUGAGCUCCUCUGUGGGCCUUGCCCUAAUGUCGAUAAACAAACUCAGCUGCAGAAACCAGGACAGUUGAAGGACGGCACAGUUAAAAUCAUAGAAACUCCGUCAGAGGCCAGUAAAGACUCAGCUGAAAAACAGGUACCUAUAGAGAAACCUGUCUUAGAAUUGUCAGAAAGCAAAGAAACAGUCCUUCAAGACAAACCUGAAGCAUUGUUAGAGACAGUUGUAGAAAGUGUCAGUCAGGAGCUAGAGAGUAGGGAAUGUCCAAGUACAGAACAAGAAAGGCAGUCAGUUCCAGAGAAGGUAGAGGCAAGUAUGGGUGUUCAAAUUCAAGAUAAGAAUAAGAGUAGCUCACUGGUUAAAGACGUACAGAGUCCAGAGACAAUGCCAAAGAAAGAGCCCCCUCCUGUCAUGCCGAAAACCAUUCCAGUAUCACCCAGAGAGGAAUCAGUGUCAAACAAAUUGUUAGAGACACAGCCACAGGAAGUAUGUGCUGAUGUCAAGAUAGAAGUUCAUGUAUCUGUUGAGAAUGAUGCAUCCUCAUCACAGACUGGAGCUGAGGUUUUAGCUGAUAAGAGUGAGGUUGAGACAGACAGAGGUGAAGUCACGCCUAUGCAGACACUUUAUGUUGAUGUCCCUAAAAUUAAUAAAGUCUCACCUCCUGCCACACCUCCCCCUCCCUAUCACCCUACACCUCCUCCCUCAAGAAAGACACCUCCAUCAUCAGUGUCCAUGCCACCUGAUGAGUUAAAAGAGGUACAGGAGGAGAUCCAUGUUUUAGAGUCUUGCUGGCCCCCUCCUCCACCUCCUUUGGAAGGGGACGCAGUCUUUGAUGGAGGAGACGAGAUGGACUUCCCUCCCCCUCCUCCUCCUUUCAUGACAGACAGUUUGCCAGAUAUGUUGGACAGUUGCAUUGCAGAGAUUGAUGCUCCAAACAGGCCCAUUGCUCUAGAGGAAGUUGGAGUGACAAUUAACGAUUCAGUUGAAGCUGGGAAGUCUAUGAAUGAAGAAACUGCAGAUUUGCCCCCAGUUGUGCCACAGACUGUGGUGAAUGAGGCAAAACCAGAAGAUGAUGUACAAUUUCCCAAAGCUGACACCGAUAAAGAUAUUUGCUACAGAGCAGUUUCAUCUCUUCCGAAGGGUGUCCCACCUCCACCGGUGGAAGCCCCUCCUCCGCCACCUACUACAACAACCGAGAAGCCAUUAUCAGUCUUUGCAUUAGUUCCCCCAAGCAGUGUCCCAAAGCCAGACACUCUGAAAAUUGAAGAUCAAACUCCCCCAGAGCCACCAGUCAGUGUCCCACUUCCAAUUCAAAUUAGUGUCCCUGUAGCACCCCCUUUACCAGUGGAGAACCAAGGCCCUGGAGUGAAUUUCAGAAGGCAGCCCAGUCUAUCAAGCAGAGACACCAGAAGCAAGGAGCUACUUUCCCGACACAAAAGUGCACCCAUUCCCAAAGAGGAUGCUAAUAUACCACUCGUCACCCCUUCCCUGCUUCAAAUGGUCCGGCUCAGAUCAGUCAGCAUGGCUGAAGAUCAGGUGAAAGCCACCUCGGAGGACAACAAGUCAACAAACGGAGGGGCAGCAGUUCAGGACAACUGCCCAGUCUCAAUUGCAGGACCUCAAAACAUUCCACAAAAGCCCAUCCGCAAGUCUUUGUCUCUAAAAUCUCAGACAGUGAAAACAUCCACUGUAACACUAAACGCCCCCUCCAUGCGCUUACAAGAAGCCAUACGUAUGAAAACUGCAGCUAUGUCUUCAAGAGAUGGUCUUCCAGCCCGUUUGGGUCUGAGAUCAUCCACCAGUAGCAGCACCAGUGACCCAGGGGCUCCAUCACCCAAGUCACCUGACAUAGGUGACAUGCACAAGUCCCCAGCCUCUACCGCCAGCUUUAUCUUCUCCAGGAGCACAAAAAAAGUUGUCAUAGAAACUCCGGUUGCAACUCCCGAAGCUCAAGCAAGUCUGAAGCAAAGCUUAGCAGCUGAGCUCAUGCAGGUUUCUGACCAUUCAAAGGCCAUUGCUUUCUCCAAUGGUGGAAUGAGAUCUGAUAAAGUUCCACCGCCAGUCGCUAAGAAACCAGCCCAUGGAAGCAGCAACCCUUCGCUGAAACUCCCUGCUUUUUCUGCAAAGAUGGAGCUCAGUACCGAAACCAAUGGAGUGAUGGCAACAGUACAACCUGUGGGCCAAAAAACACCUCCCACGGAAACAACUACAACAGUGACAGCAGACACAAUUGAAACGCUGUUUUGAGAAAAAGCUCCAUGGUGAUUAAGUAAGGACUGGGCUCAUGCCAGAGGAACAAGCAAAGACCACAAGCAAGAGAAAGAGAAAUCACAGCAGCGAGUGACAUUACUGAGAGACUCAUCUGAGCAUUUUUGUGUGAUACAUCUUCUCCAAAAGCCUUAGCCUGUAAUGGCCUUCCUACAUAUUUAUGCAAAAAAUGUGUUGGUCCCAGUUUCUUAUGAUAGCUUUAUUCUGGAGUAUUUUUCUAAGCUAUAUUAUCUCUCCUCUCCUACUAAGGCCCCUCAGGAUGAAAUGGUGUACUUCGGCUGGACUGUAAAUAUUUGGCUUGUGUGAGAUCGCCUCCCAGAGGUUGAAUUAGGUAGUGGUCACUGCAGCUGAGAGAGAAAAAGAGUUUUCUGGACAAGGCAAUUUCUGUACAGAGGCUUAUUGUCUGUUAAGGUUACUUUUAUCUGAAAGUUUGUUUUUCUAUUAUAAUAUAAUGCUUCCUUCGCAUAGGCAUUUAUGCGGUUUUGUCUCAAAAGGCUGACAAUGACAUUCACUAUAAGCAUCAUUACAAAAAGAGAAAAGCUUUGUUUUUCAUUUUGUUUGCUUAAAGAGUGAAAAAAGAUCAUACUUUCAGUCCUGCUUUUCACUGUGUGGAUAGAUGGGUCCAUAAUAGUGAAAAGGGAUGGUGCACACUCACAAGAACAAGGGAGCGAUGUUUUGUCAGGACAAAGGCACUUUUGUAAAGCUACAGUAGAUAA